AUGACAACCCUUUACACAACAACAACAGCAGCAGCAGCAGCAACAGCCUCUUCUCCUCCUUGUUGCCCACUCCUCAUUCCCGAGAUUGCCCAUCUGGUGGUUGAUCUCAUUGACCCUGAAGAUCUACUUGCUGUGGCAUUCACUUGCCGGGUAUUAUUUGAUGCCGCGUGUGGAAGGAUUUGGCGAACACUGCAACCAAGGACCCAUCUAACACUACGUCGAAUCAGGCAAGCUUUGGAAGGGCGACAUGGCAGUAAACGAGCAUCUUUUUAUGAAUAUCGUCAAUUCGUCACGCAUUUUGGAUGGUGCCCAUACGACAAGGAUUUACAGCCUUUGGAAAGACACUUUUUCGAUGUCUUUCAAUUUCCACGCCUUACGAGACUCGAUCUCUCUUAUGCAGCCGCUCAAGAUCAUGCUGUGCGUCAAAUCCUUACCAGUGCACCACGUUUACGUCAUGUCGAUCUUUCUCUAUGUUAUUGCUUAUCCACAGAAGCCAUUCGACCCUUAUUGGUAAUGUCACCUCGCCUUGAGACACUUGUUCUUUAUGGUUGUGGAAAGAUUGCACAUGAUACACUUGCUACAGUCAUUGAACGGCAUGCCGAUACUUUACGUUGUAUACGGCUUACAGAUAUCAGUGAUCGCGUGCUACAAUCAAUCCAACAGUGUCGUCAACUUGAUGAUCUUGGUCUCGAACAUUGUGCGGAUCCACUUUCAGCUGAUCGAUUACGUCUUUUCUGUACAGCUCUUUCUACAAGGCCAACCACUACCACAAUGGGUCGUUUGAGCCGUUUACGUAUGCGAGACGUUGCAACACUCACUGCCGAACCUUUGCAAUUAUUAGCACCAGCAAUAGCGGAUACACUUGUACAUCUCGAUUUGAGCGAAUGCAAUCUUGUAGCCGAGAAUGGAUUUAUGCAACUAGCCAAACAUUGUCGAGUACUCGAGCAUCUUGCCCUGGUCCAUCAAUUUGCCGUCACUGAUCAAGUUAUUCAAACAUUCAUCUUGCAUUGUCCUCAUUUACGCUUGCUUGAUAUUUCUGGAUGUCGUCUUCUCACUGAACGUGCCCUUGCUCCUUGGAUUGAUGAUACCAUUGACACCUCCCAAUCAUGCUUGAAGGUUCUCAAUAUCAGUGGACUUGAACCUGAUGUAUCUCCUAACGCUGUCCUUCACCUACUUCAAUCCUUACCCAACAUUACUGAAAUUUGUCUCGGUGUUGCUUACGAUCGCACAGACGCUAUGCGUAUUAUUGAACUUGCAAAUGAUGCAUCCUUAUUUUCCCUCUUUUGGCUCGACAUUGCCCGUUGCGCUACCAUUUGUCGCUCCACCACUGCCAACAAUAGCUUCAAUCUUGAUCAACAUUUUGUUCGUCACUACCACCACCGCUUGCCAUCUCUAUACGAUAAUAAUGACAAUGACAACAACCAAGACGCAUCAUCCUCCUUAUUCACGCUUAACUAA